AUGCGCCCGGCCGCCGCCGUCGAGGCCCACCGCCAGCGCGAGUGCGACCCCCCAAACCGAUCGAGGCGACCAAUUCAGAGUCAGGGGACCCGCUUCGAGCGCCAGCCGCCGGCGCCGCCCCAAACGUAUGACGCGAGCUUCGUGAGGGCGGGCGGCGCGCCCGUCGCGUUCGCGAUGAGCGACGAGCCGGAACGAAAGCCCGAGCGGAAGGGGCGGCAGAUCGACGCCUUCCUCGAGGAGCUGAAGACGAGGCAGGCCGGCGAGCCGCAAUUACCCAUCAAGGGGUCGUACCCGGAUGGGGAUAGAUCGACGACGAAUCUCUACGUGGGCAACAUCUCGCCGGCGACGACGGAGGCGCAGCUCGCCAAGAUCUUCGCGCGGUAUGGGCAACUUGAAUCCGUGAAGAUCAUGUGGCCGCGGACGGACGAGGAGCGGCGGCGCGGCCGGAACUGCGGCUUCGUCCAGUACUCGAAGCGGCAGGACGCCUGCGCCGCCAAGGAUUCGCUGGACGGCGAGUACGUGGACGGGAAACGGAUCAAGGUCGGCUGGGGCAAGGCCGUGCCCGAGGCGCGCGUGCCUCAACAACCUGCGGGCCCGUCUUUAUCCGAUCUCGCGGCGGAAGCCCAAGCCCGCGCGAAGCAGGUGCUCAUGAAGGCCACGGGUAUGACACCGAUGAAGGAUUGUGACGCGCGGAUCUCUGUUGUUAUUCCCGCCGACCCGGAGCAAAAAGAUAUUGCGGACCGACUCGCGGAGAUUGUUGUCGAGGACCCGGGUGUCGAGGAUGUCAUACGGGAGCGGGAGAAGGAGAACCCGUUAUUUAGUUUCUUGCGGCGGAAAUCAUUGGUGCAAACGUAUUACCGAUGUCGGGUCUGGACGCUGCUCAUGGGGGCGCGCAGCCCCCAGCCCUUCCGCAUGGCGGACCCGGGGCCCUUCUGGGUGCCUCCUGGUUCGGAACGGUCUCGCAGUCCGUCGCCGGAGCCGCUUGAAGAAAGAGAAGAAGAAUUUAUGACCGGUAGACAAGCUGAGAGGGCGAGAGAAGCUAAUAGAGCCAGAGGGAAGCACCGCAAGCUCACGGUCGAGGAGCGGGAGAUGUUAGUAUUAAGUGUCGAGGGGCUGACGUGUUCCCGUGCGCUGAUCGCCGAGGCUUUAUUACGUUGCUACGACGCCGCGACGUCCGCCCCUGAUGUUUGCUUAAUACUGAAACGAUCUAUUUGUAGAUGCGCCAUGACGACGUCCCUAGCGUCAAGAGCAGCGCGACUAUUCUUGAUCUCGGAUGUGCUGAGGAACGCCUCUUCGUCGAGAACCGGCGCGACCUUUCGAACGACGAUCCAACGGUGGCUGCCCGAAGCUUUAGAGUCGUUAGCGAAAGCGAGACACGCGACGACACAUAGGAUAGCGAAGGAACGUUUCGAAAGGCGCGUCGAGGCCACUCUACAAGCGUGGCUCCGGUGGUCCCUGUUUCCACCCGCGUUCGUCCACGGUCUGGAAUCCGCCUUCUUCUUCGAUGAGAACGACGACGACGACGUGCAUGCUCAUCAGGGCGAGCGGCCCGACGUGCUGGCUUUGAAGAGGAGGGCGCGCCAGGCAGGGGUCUUCGACGGCGACGACUGGCGGCGGAUCGCGCGGCGCGUCAAUCGAGCUAGAAGGUUCUCGAGGGCGCGGCUGUCGGGCGCGUCGUGCGAGGAGGCCGUCGCGUUGGCGGCGGAGGCCGCGCGGCGCGAGCGGCCCGUACAGCCGAAGCCUCCGGUCGUGCAAGCGGCCGAGGAAGACUCGUCGGACUGCGACGGCGAGCCCUGCGACGCGGCGGAUCUGGUGGACGAGCGCGACCUCGUGCCGCCGGCGAUGCUGCCGCCCACGGGCUUCGCGGUGCGGACGCUUCCUCCGGCGCCGGCGCCGGCGCCGCAGAAGCCGCGCUCGCCGCGCGCGCCGAUUCAGCGCCGCCCCCGGUCGCGGUCGCGGUCCCGCGAGCGCCGGCGCGAGCGCGCGCGCUCGCCGCGGCGCCGCCGGAGCCGGAGCCGUUCGCGCGAGCGCCGGCGCGAGCCGCCGCCGCGGGGCCGGCGCGACGACUACUACCCACGGCGCUGA